AUGCGCUAUCUCCUCGAAUCUCGCGGAUUGUACGGUCAGCACAUUUGCACGGCCAGUUUGUCGCUCAGCUGGAUCCCCAUAGACUCUGACUUGGUCACACUAAACUUGCCCGUGCUGUUUGCGGACUAUUAUCUUCACGGGGACUACACGUGGCCGCAGUUUAUGGGACUGGAACUGGGCGAACUGUUGGAGGUCGCCUGUGAAAGUGAACUGGCGCCGAUGGGAUGUAGGGUUCAUGCAUUUGGCGAAGCGGCUGAAGCUGUGGUUUCUGGAGUGCGACUUUACUGCAUCCGGUCGGGUUUAGUUCAGGGAGUUAUGUCGAAAAAGUCUGAGAAGUCUCGGUCGUAUAAGUCGACGGAUCGACUCUCCGAUUUGAGCAGUCAGUCAUCUGCUUGUUCCUCUUCGAUCGACGCGCCUCUUGCUUCAUCCUCGCAACUCCGACCUCCACCUCUGGUGACCGAAGACAUGCGCUAUCUCCUCGAAUCUCGCGGAUUGUACGGUCAGCACAUUUGCACGGCCAGUUUGUCGCUCAGCUGGAUCCCCAUAGACUCUGACUUGGUCACACUAAACUUGCCCGUGCUGUUUGCGGACUAUUAUCUUCACGGGGACUACACGUGGCCGCAGUUUAUGGGACUGGAACUGGGCGAACUGUUGGAGGUCGCCUGUGAAAGUGAACUGGCGCCGAUGGGAUGUAGGGUUCAUGCAUUUGGCGAAGCGGCUGAAGCUGUGGUUUCUGGAGUGCGACUUUACUGCAUCCGGUCGGGUUUAGUUCAGGGAGUUAUGUCGAAAAAGUCUGAGAAGUCUCGGUCGUAUAAGUCGACGGAUCGACUCUCCGAUUUGAGCAGUCAGUCAUCUGCUUGUUCCUCUUCGAUCGACGCGCCUCUUGCUUCAUCCUCGCAACUCCGACCUCCACCUCUGGUGGUAAUAUUCAGUCGCAAGUGUCGCAUGUACAUACCGGUUUCUCAUUACCCAGAUUUGGACUAUGUUACUCCGAUGCUGGUUCCGAUGACGUUCGAAGCACUUAUUCACGAAAUUAUCGGGAUAGAUUUGGAGUGUCGCAUGUACAUACCGGUUUCUCAUUACCCAGAUUUGGACUAUGUUACUCCGAUGCUGGUUCCGAUGACGUUCGAAGCACUUAUUCACGAAAUUAUCGGGAUAGAUUUGGGUAUGGUGGAACUGUCAGAUUCCGCAUGCUCUGACAAAUCCAUGAGGAAACAAUUACUCAACGGGGAGAUGUUGCAAUACUACAAGGCGGUCCGUGAUAUACACAUCUCCUGUGUAUUUAAAAAGCUGGAGGAAUGGGGUACCAAACUGCAAGAUACACGCAGUGGACUGGAGUUUGAAAUGGCCACACGCCUACCUACAAACAACUUCGAUUGUAACGCCAGUCCGACCAGUUCCAUCACAAGCCACACGAGCAACACCAGUCUGUCUGACUUGAAGUACUUUGGUGCCCAGGUGGCCCCACUCAUGGCCAAGCGGAGGGAGUUGUCCUUUCUCCUCAUUGUGCUGGAACAAAUUAUGGACCGAUUGACACGUCGUGAACGAGUUGAAGAUGUUCGUGCCGCCCAGACGCUUCUUCUUCGCUCCGGCAGUGGUGGGACUUUGGCAAUGACCAGUGGAAAGGUACCGUCGGAAAGCAAUGGUGGAGUGUCGCCUUCGGGAGAUACAAAAUCUGCAACUCCAGCAGCAGGUGGGACGUGUGGGACAUUGGCAGAUGAAACCACAUCGAUGCCUAUACGCCUGGCGGUCGAGUGGCUUAGUACCUACCACGGAGAUCGCUUGCUCGACGGACUCCGCCUGAGCGCUCUGGCCUCAGUCACACAUGAUGGUCUUGGAGAGGAGGUUUACAGUCUUGUACACCGCGCAGUUCUUCAUGCAGCCGGACAAGCCGCCUUUCCUAUGCUUUUUGCCCUGCGUUGUCUGCGGGUAUUGGCGCCUGCCAAAUCUGAAGAGAUCUCUGAGGUGACAAAUCUAUCUAACCGAAACCUUUCAACUGCUGUGGCCCGCCUUGGAAUCUCAUCGCGUCGGAAAUCUCAAUACAGUCGUCUUCAUCACCUUCUACGACUCAGUCAUUCCGGCCAGGCGAAUCGAAAUGUGGAGCAGGCCCCAGUUUCUCCCUCCUACGUUUACGCCGGUCAGCAUUGUCCAGUUGUGGUUCGACUGGUCGAGUCUAUAUGGGCUACUUCUGUGCUUCAGUCGCCACUCGCUUCAUCCAAACGUUCCGGCGAUCAACAACAGCAACAUUCGGGCAAGGCGACCGCGUCCAACACAGAUAUGGAAUUAAUAGGGAAAAAUAAUCUCGUUUCUGCUCUGAAGCUGAUGGGCAUGUCAAACGAAGGUAAUUUGCCUCUAUGUGAUCCAACCAUGAGCACUGAAAGAGGCAAUAGCCAUCGAUCCAGACCGCCUAAAUACCAAAAUACGGUAGCCUACCAGAACAACAUGCACGAUACUUCGAAACGAACAAAGGAGGUCAACAAUCUCGUCAUGGAAUCUCUUUGUGCUCGAUGCAAAGGCAUUUUGGAAUGGAAGGUGAAAUAUAAGAAGUAUCGUCCGCUUUCUCAACCGACCAUGUGUUUGAAAUGUGGCCAGAAGACCGUCAAACGCGCCUACUACACGGUGUGUGCUCCGUGUAUAGACACUCUGCGUGUGUGUGGCAAAUGCGGGAAUCCCGAAGAAGUGGUUAUUCCUAGUGAUAACGGCACCAAUGUUAGAGGGACCGAAGCUGACGUGAAGGAAUGUCUUCGUAAAUGGGAUCGGGAUAGGUUGGCGACCGAGUUACUAGAGUACGAAUGCGACUGGGUGUUCUCCGUACCGAAAGCCAGUCAUCGUGGAGGUAUUUUGGAGAGGUUGAUACGGGGUAUCAGGCGAAUUUUGCGGGCCCUAUUAGGAAGCAGACUGGUAGACGCCGAGACGCUGCAGACGACUUUGACUGAGAUCGAAAAAAUCUUCAACGACCGCCCGUUAGUAAAACUGACUUCGGACCCCAAUGACCACGCAGCUCCAACACCGAAACAUUUGGUCUUCCUGAGCGCGAAUCCUUCAACGGCCAGUCAUUGUGUCGACUCAUGGAAUCUAUCUAAAGCCUGGAGACACGCCAACCACCUAGCCGACCUAUUUUGA